AUGGUGGCCAUCUUGAAGCAUGUGGGGACAACAAUGCUGGAUGGAUGCUUUUCUCCAGAGAGUAUCGCAUGCUGUGAAGGAUCUGAAUGUACCAAAACCAUAGAGGUAUUGACCAGAGCAGUAGACUCUGGGAAAACGAUCCAGCAGAACGCUGAUUACCUGAACCAGUUCAAAGAGAUGAACUCUCCUGCUGGGGACAGAAAACAUUGUGAUGCGGGCUUGGUCUUACCCUUCGUCGGCCUCACUGGAAGUCCAAAGCAUAGUCGAAACUGUGGUAAAAAUGGUGGCACCUGUAUUUUGGGAAGCUUUUGCGCAUGCCCGCCACCCUUCAUUGACCGGAGCUGUGAAUACCACGAACGCUGCAGGAGCUGUGGUAUCAUUCCCCAUGGAGAGUGGGUGCAGAAAGGCUACUCAUACUGCAGGUGUGGAUUUGGGGUCCUGCACUGUUUCCCCCGGGUGUUCCAUGAGGACUGUGAUGAGGACCAGGAAGUCCGCUGGUUUCGUUCGAUGGGGUUGCAGACUAAGUAACUACUGUGUCUAGUACCUCUGUUUCUUAGUUUGCUCAUUUGA